GGCGGAUGCAACUGUCGGCGGCCGCGCCGGACCCACGAUGCAUCACAAUAUAGCCAUGCUUCACCGGUAACGACAGAUUCACCUGCUAGGCAAUCGAGCGAUCCAACCAGAUCACGCAACGCGCGCCGAGCUUCAACUUCAACGUGCUUACCAUCAGGCAUCCGCGCCUUUCAUUCAACAUCGACAGCUGCUUGACGGCACCUCGCAUGUGAUCGCCUCGCAUGUGAGACAACUCUUGCCGGGUGACUGCAACACCAUCUGCUCGACUGCCAUUUUCCACGCCGACUCGACUAGGCAGAUCCUGCACAGCGUGCUUUGACCGCGAUCGAGGCGCAUUCACUGACGAUGGCGUCUUCAUCGGCCAACAGCAGCAAGCAACAUGACAUCGCUGCUUCACAACCCGCACUUUCAUCACGCCGCAGAAGCAGUGACCGCGCGACGACUUCCAUUAGGAACAGACUCGGCCGCAUACGAUCACCCAUAGCGCUGCGGAGGACGAGUAUGGAUUUACCGGAUCGCUUGAAGUUCAACGAAGAGGAGGAAGAGGGGAUAGAUGAUGGCACUGGCACGGGGUUGAACGAUGGAUUCCCUGCGCAGAGCAUGUACGGGAUGCUUGCGGCGACACAUAGCAAACCCGACUUUAAACCGCAGUUCAUCGAGCAAGAGAGUGCGAGUGAGAGUGAGGGAGAGGACGGGGAUGAUCGGCGCAAGAGUGUGGAUCAGAGGCGCUUCUCAAAAGAGGCAUCGAGAGAGUCGGACAAGAGCAGAAAGUCGAGUGAUGAGGCACGACAGUCACCGAAGCCGGAGGACAGCAGUAAGAGACACAGAUCACGACUAUCGGUCAACAAGAUUGCAAGAUCGUUGCUGGGCAGGAAUGAACUCGGAUCAAUUCGAGCGAGGUCAGAUUCGUCGGCACAGGACCCCAUGACACAGAGCCAAAUACUGCCGCCAAAGCAGAAGGAAGCGACAUCAAAAGACCGGCCAGCAUCUGUCCGCUCAGAUGUGCCGAUUCUCGACCGGAAACUGCAAGCCAUGGCCAAAGCGGAGCUGGAGUCUUCCACCACAACCCUUGGAGGCAGAAAGAGCAGAGAAGGCAGAACUUCAGAAGACGUAGGUCGGAAGAGACCACUACCACAUGUCAUUGCCGAGAUCUUUCAAUUCGACGAGCCGGAAGAGGUGUUGUCAGAAUAUUCAUGCUGGUAUCUACAGAAUGUGUUGCUGCAAGGCUUCAUGUACAUCACACAGAAGCACGUUUGCUUCUAUGCCUACCUGCAAAAGAAGACGGCAACGACAGUCAAGACGGGCCAUUUGGGCAAGCUCGGCAAGCACAGUUAUCGGCAUCGGCGGUACUGGUUCGUGCUCAAAGGCGACACCUUUUCAUACUACAGGAGCUCUGCCGAGCCGUACUUUCCUCUCGGCGUGGUGGAUUUGCGAUACGCCAUAUCUGCAGAAUUGGCGUCGGUGAAGGACAAGGAGGAAACCGCUGCCGACUUCACCGUCACCACUUCAACGAGAGUGUAUCAGUACCGUGCAGAUACUCUAUCCUCUGCCAAGGAAUGGGUCAAGCAACUUCAGAAGGUCAUCUUUCGCAGUCAUAACGAUGGAGACUCUGUCAAGAUCUCCCUUCCCAUCGAGAGCAUUCUUGACGUGGAGAGGACCGAAGUCGUUGACUUUGCCGAGACAAUCAAGCUGCGAGUGGUGGAUAGCGAGGAGACUUUCGCUAUCGACGAAUACUUCUUCACUUUCUUCCAGGCAGGAGAAGAAGUUCUCAACAUGCUCAAUGUCCUCACGGCUGAGAGCAGCGCCAAGAAGGUGCUUGUGGAAGAGCCCAUGAGCCCGCUGUCUAGAGUUCAAUCUCCGCCUCAGCGACCAGCGUUCAGGAGAAGCAUGUCAGCAGAGCAGUCGCCUCGUCUUGACCCGGUGAGGGCGACUUUGUCACCUCUAUCUGCAACCGAUCGCGCAAGUCCUCGACCAAGUGGCGAACAUCGCAGAUCCAGCGCCGAUUGGUCGCGCCGUGCCAGUGGUGAAUUCGGGAGAGCCAGUUUUGACAGAGGACGGAGAAGCGCAAGCGGUCAGAGCCGGACUGCGUCGAAGUCGCCCAUGUCGCCAUCGAUACAGGAGUCGAGCGAGAGCUUUGUGACUUCAUCAGAGCAGCCAGACUCGUCGGUUGAUGGUGAAAUGGUGGAGGCAAACAUGUCUGCGAGUCAAAUGCUAUCUGAUGACCAUGUGUUUCGAGCACCCACGCUUCGGAUGCCUCAGCCUCGACGCAACGUCUCUGGCAAUACAAUCGAGCGGUUGCGCCAGGAAUCACAGUCGUCCUCGCGGAACUCAAGUGCUGAGCGAGGCGUUCCGCUGCGUGUACAGCCUCCUUCACGCACGGCUACAGAGGACAAGUUCAAUGGUGGACGGCCUGCAGCCCGACGAACAGACAGUGGCGACUCCGUACGCACUGCUGAAGCCAAUGAGCUAUCUCGACCAGAGGAAAGUGCUCCCAGAUUGAUUCGUGGCAUCUCCACGCCUUUGCAGCACGCUAUGAGCGUGGCAGGUGCAGUUCGCGCCGGAAGCAAGCGCGUGGGCUCGUACUUGAGCAGUAGUCCAAAGACAUAUAUCAGUAAUUGGACAGAAGCCAUGGCAGGUGGAAAGCGACACUACACUGACGUCGAAGGCCUUGCUCCAGAUGACAGCAUUCGAGAACCGGAACAGGAGCUCGACGUCGCUGAGCAUGAACGCCGCUUCCGGGAGCACUUUGGCUUGCCACCCACCGAGAAGCUCGUCUCUGUGUUCUAUUGCUGGCUACACAAGACUGUGCCUCUGUGGGGCAAGAUCUAUAUGGGAACGCGUCGACUAUGCUUUCGCAGUCUCUACUAUGGGACAAAGACGAAGCUCAUCAUCCCGUACAAGGAUAUUCUGAAUGUGCAGAAGCAGAGGGGUUUUCGAUGGGGCUAUCCAGGCAUGGUGCUGGUGAUUCGUGGUUAUGAGGAGCUCUUCUUCGACUUCCAGGACACCGGCCUCCGUGACGACUGCGUGGUUAGCACCCUUCGCACAGUCGAAGCGGUGGAAGCUGCCACUGAAUCGAUGAUACUAACAGAAGAGGAACAACAGGAUGCCAAUGAUGCCGCCGCCGAAAAUGCCUUGCUACGCGCCGCUCGCACUGAUGACACUGCUGACUAUGACAUAGAACUGCCCGAGGAAGUUGAUGCUCCACCAAUCCUGUUUGACGACCCUUCGUCUUCAGUACUGGAGUUCAAGCCUAAGCAGUCUUUGAACAUCGUCUGCCUGACCAUUGGAUCGAGAGGAGACGUGCAGCCAUAUAUUGCGCUGUGCAAAGGCUUUCUGGAUGAAGGACACAAGCCGACAAUCGCGACACAUUCCGAAUUCCGACCUUGGGUCGAGAAACACGGCAUUGCCUUUAAAGACGUGGAUGGAGAUCCAGCUGAGCUGAUGAGGAUUUGUGUUGAGAACGGAAUGUUUACGCCUUCUUUCUUCCUCGAAGCUAGUAGCAAGUUCCGAGGCUGGCUAGACUCGCUGCUCAUUUCGUCUUGGAAAGCUUGCCAAGGAGCCGAUAUCCUCAUCGAGAGUCCUUCGGCGAUGAGUGGCAUUCACAUCGCAGAGGCGCUGGAGAUUCCAUACUUUCGUGCCUUCACCAUGCCUUGGACCCGGACUAGAGCAUAUCCGCAUGCUUUUGCUGUGCCGAGACAGAAGCGUGGCGGUAGCUACAACUACAUGACCUACACGUUCUUCGACAACAUGUUCUGGCAAGCUAUCGCGGGUCAGAUCAACCGGUGGCGUGGAAAGACUCUGAAGCUAGGUCCUACCAGCUUGGACAGGCUGCAGACGAACAAGGUGCCCUUCCUAUACAACUUCUCGCCAAGCGUCGUACCACAACCACUCGACUUCAGCGAUUGGAUCAAGGUCACGGGAUACUGGUUUCUCGACGAGGGUGACGACUAUACUCCUCCAGACGACCUUGCCGCCUUUAUCAAGAAGGCACGAGACGAUGACCAGAAGCUCGUCUACAUCGGCUUCGGUUCAGUCACAGUAUCCGAUUCUCGCCAACUAAUGCAGCAGAUCAUGGAAGCAGUCGUCAAAGCAGAUGUCCGGUGUAUCCUGUCGAAGGGCUGGUCCGAUAGAUUCGAUAAAGCCGACGCCAGCCGUCCACCGUUGGAACUUCCGUCUUGCAUUCAUCAGAUUCGAGCUGCGCCCCACGACUGGCUCUUCAAGCAGGUCGACGCUGUCGUCCAUCAUGGCGGUGCAGGCACGACCGGUGCUUCUCUCCGUGUGGGUGUUCCGACCAUCAUCAAGCCUUUCUUUGGCGAUCAAUUCUUCUUCGCUACGCGCGUUGAAGACCUGGGCGUUGGGAUGCAUCUUAAGAAGGUGACGGCCAAUCAGCUCGGUAAAGCACUCUGGAUCGCUACACAUGAUGCGAGGAUGCGCACGAAAGCUAGACUGCUGGGUGAGGCUAUUCGCAGUGAGAAUGGAGUUCAGACUGCCAUCAACGCUGUCUAUCGCGAUCUGGAGUACGCCAAGAGUUUGAUCAAGAAGAAGACUGUUCCUGGUCCUGCAUCUCCUGGAGUCGAUGACGGACUCACGGAGAACGAGAGGGAUGGUGUCGAUGAGGACACGGAAGAGAACUGGACGUUUAUUGAGAAGGACGGAGAUUCUGCUGCUGCGGAGAACACUGCCUGGGGCACUCUGGCGAUGGGACUUACUGGUGGUAAUGCCGCCGGGCCUUCUUCGAGCAGACGUUCGAGCUCAAAUUUGUUGAGUCCGCAGAGGAGUCCGCAACAAAUUUCGCCGCAGCAUUCGAGGAAGACGAGUUUGGGGAGUAUGGUACUAAGAGGCGGUAGUGGUAGCGGCGCCGGUCGCUCGUAGUAUGAGCGGCUCGGACUUCCUGCUAUUGGUGCUGCUGCUGCCGCUGCUGCAUCUAAGGCUGGGGCAUUUGAUGGAGGGGAGGAAGAUGAGGAGGACGGGGAUACGCUGGAAGAUUGUGUUAUUGUUGAAGAUUGAGAGGGCUGUGAUUAUUGGCUUGAUGGGGAGGCACGAAUGGUUUAAUGAGCGAUGGUUAUAGCGACAUUGCAUUCAUUGCAUUGCGUCGCGUUGGGUUUUCCUCUCUUGCAUGAGUGAGAGCACGCAAACGGCGAGGUUCUUUCUUGAGCUGGUUUUCUUCCGCUUAGCGUGGCGUUUACAGGAGCUUCGCUGCUGGC